AGAUAAUACAUUAAAAUAGAUAUAAAUAAAAGAUUCGAAAUCACUUGAGUUGUCUCGUCAGGUCUCGGUGAAAGGUGGCACCAUGGUUUCAAAAAGAGCAGCUGUUAUUGGUGGAGGUCCUUGUGGAUUAGGGGCUAUACAAACAUUAAAGCAAGAAGGUAUAGAACCAGUAUGCUUUGAAAGAACAGGUCAUAUAGGAGGACUUUGGAGGUACCACGAUGAUGACGUAGAUGGAAUAGCUUCAGUAAUGAAGACUACUAUUAUCAAUACGAGUAAGGAACUGGGUGCCAUGAGUACAUUCCCACCCCUAGCUGAAUAUCCAAACUAUAUGCACAAUACUUUAAUGCACGAAUAUAUAGUAAAAGCAGCAGAACAAAAUGGUCUCCUGCCUCAUGUACGUUAUCAUCAUGAGACAAAAUCGAUAGAGAUGGCAGAAGAUUAUGAGAAAACAGGACGCUGGAAAGUAACCAAUAAGAACACCCAAACGGGAGAGCUAGUAUCAGAAAUUUUUGACUUCGUAUGUGUAUGUAUAGGCCAUCAUGUUUAUCCCAAUAUUCCAACUUUUCCAAACCAGGAAGAGUUUGAGGGUAAAAUAAUGCAUACACAUAGCUUGAAAAAAGUAGAUGGAUUUGAAGAUCAACGUGUAGUUGUAGUUGGAGUUGGUAACUCUGGAAUGGAUGCUGCCGUGGAAUUAAGUGCUGUUACAAAACAAGUAAUGUCACUGAAUACCAAAACUGGUGUAAGUUACUUACACCAAGUGGUUCAAAAGAACAUUCUUGGUGUUUUAGUACACCAGGAACUAUCUUUGGUUCUUGUUGCAGUGGAACAUCAAAGACCAAGCGUUAUCUGUAAUGUUAUCUGUGUUGUUAUGUAUUGUUUCUUACUGUGUGAAGAAACAGAAGCGGAUACUGUAUUUUUGGCUACUGGAUACAAAGUGAUGUUUCCCUUUCUUAGUGACGAUAUAGUCCGAGUUGUUGAUAACAAAGUUCAACUUUACAAAUUUAUGUAUCCACCACACUUACCACAUCCUACUCUUGCCAUCCUAGGUUUAGUACAACCAAAUGGUCCUGGUUUUCCUGUUGGUGAAAUGCAAUGCAGAUGGGCUAGUAGGGUGAUGUCAGGAAAACUCAAACUACCAUCUAAGGAACAGAUGAUAGCUGACAUCGAUGAAAGAUUGAAAUGGAUUCGUGGAAGAUUUGUCGAUUCCCCACGACACACAUUGCAAGUUGAUUUUAUUUCUUAUCAAGAUGAGCUUGCAGAAGAAAUCGGAGUUAAGCCUAAUUUUUGGAAAAUAGCUUUCACUGAUCCCAAAUUGUUUUGGGCUCUUUUAUUUGGACCUUCUCUUUCUUACCAAUACCGACUGCAAGGACCUCAUUCCUGGGAUGGAGCAAGAAAUGCAAUACUUACUUAUAAAGACAGAAUAAUGACUCCUUUGCAGAGACCAGGACAUCAGAAAACAGAAAACAAAAAGCAGUUGAUGAAUAUGCGGUUAAUUAUCAAAUUAUUAUUUUUGCUGCCAUUUUUGUAUUUCUUUUUUCUAGUUAUGUUUAGGUGAAGUUUUUUUUAUAUUUGAUUCAGAAAUAAUAUCUUUCUGUUUACUGUAAUUGGAAAAGAAAGAGAAAAAAUUCUUGACCUUUUAUUAAUUUUAGGCACCUUUACAGUGUGGAAAAAUCAGUUAAACGCCAGUACAGAGUGGCUAAUCUUGAAUUUGACUUUGUAUUCAAUAUUUAUUAUUAUUGAAUGCUUUUCUUAUAUGCAUGACUUCGUAUCGGGUAGAAAAAAAAUUGAUUCAAAUACGUUUUCUUACUUAAACUGCCAUCGCUCACCAGAAAAAGUGAAAUGGUAGUGUGUUUGUCAUGGCAUGAAACACACAAAUCUUCAAUUGUUUUACUCAUUUUUGGAAGAAAAAAAAAAUUCUUUCUUUAAAAUUCAAAACUUCAAACAUUCUAGAAGUUUCAAUUUUUUUUCCUUUUUGAACAAUAGUGACUUUAUAAAGUUUCUACUUCAUAGUUUCAAUUGAAACUUAUUUAACAACUUGCCAAUUUAUGAUUGCGUAAAGUGUGCUAAGUUUCUAUUCACCUCAUAUUUUUUUGUUAAUCUUCUACUUAUUUUCAUGUCUUUUUUUGUAAGAAAUGUAUUAAAUUAAAAAUUGAAAUUAGUUAAUAAAUGUUAUGAGCAUCAUUUCUAA